GGACCCUGUCACGAUGUUUAUUGGCAUCGCGAUCUUGGUCCUGUCUGUUCACAUCCCUGUCCCUGUCACUGUCCCUCCUACUAUCGUCUCUUUUUCUUCUGUCAUCUCUGUCUCUUGCUCCCCGAUCGUCACGGUCGUCGUCUCGUCGCCUAUCGCGAUCAUUUGCUCUCCUAGACCCGUCAUGAUCAUUGUCCCUUCUUCUAUCAUGGUCGUCAUCCUUUCUUCUCUCAUAAUCAUCCCUCCUACUGCUCUCCCCUCCGCUCCUUCUCUCAGGUGACCACAAAACCCUCUGCGAAACAGUCGCACUCCCAUUCCUACUUUCUUCCCUACUACUCUCCUGCCUCACGAGCGGGAUAUACCGCUUCUCGUCUCCUCUCCGUUUCUUCUUCUUACUACCAUCAUCCAACACCUCCUGUUCCUUUGCUCCAAUUCCCAAGAGUGCAAACCGUGAUUUUGGCAGGUAAGGCUCCACCAGCGCAUUCUUUUUGGCUCGUUCUGAGCUUGUGACAGCCCCACCGUCCACCCAGCCCAUGCCACCAUACAGCACCUGCGGCGUCGCAUGCAUCGGUGAGAACAGAAUACACAAUCUGACUAGUG